AUGGCAGAAUCAGCCACGCAUGCAGCUGUUCCUGAUUUUGACGUCUAUGAAGCAAUGGACUGGAAAGACGGAGUGGGAACUCUGCCAGGCAGUGAACUAAAGUUUCGAGUGAAUGAGUUCGGGGUUCUGGAGGUCAUCACUGAUGAUGCUGAAGUGGAGAGGGUUAAAAAAGCUCAUGCCAGGACAACAUGGACCGUUCCAACAGCUCAGGAAGCAUUCUCAAAGGCACAGAGCCAGGCAGUGAGUGAAGCCAGUAAGCCAUGGUUGCGGCGAGGUCUGGUGUGCGUGUACUGCCAGAGGAAGGGAUCUCAGGUGGACUUCCUACCGGACGGACAGUACUGUAGCGAGAGAUGCCUGCGGCAGGACCAACAGGAACAGCAAAGGCCAAAGAGAGAUGGAGAGCCGGCGGGGGUCAACAGGAAAAGGCAACUCCAGCAACAGGAGAGUGUCACCGAGGAAACGGAAAACUCGCUGGACGUCCAUGACGAGGACGACGAUUACGAAGAGAAGGCAGACAGGAAGACAACGCGGGGACCGCAGCGAGGCCGGAGGAAACGGAGGGGAGACGCGGCACUGCUGAAGCAGACUGUUCCAUAUGGAGGGAAGAAGAAGUCUUGGUGUUGGGCCUCUUACCUGGACCAGGAGAAGGCCAUCGCGGCCCCCAACAAGCUGUUCAAGGAGCACCAGUCCUUCCCGCAGACUAAGAAUGGAUUUCGUGUUGGAAUGAAACUGGAAGGAGUGGACCCAGAACACCCCUCUAUGUAUUGCGUGCUGACCGUUGCCGAGGUUUCAGGCAACAGAAUCAGACUGCACUUUGACAAGUACAGCGACUGCUAUGACUUCUGGGUAAAUGCCAAUUCCCCCGAUAUCCACCCUGUGGGUUGGUGUGAGAAAACGGGCCACAAGCUUCACCCUCCCAAAGGUAUGAAAGAGGAGGAUUUCAGCUGGCCAUCCUAUAUCAAACUGUGCAAGGCCCAGGCUGCACCCAAAGCUCUAUUCCAGAGCCAGAACACAACUGUCACCCCUUCAGGGUUUCGAAUCGGAAUGAAGCUGGAAGCCAUUGACAAGAAAAACCCCACUUUCAUCUGUGUUGCCACAGUAACCGAUAUGGUGGAUAGCCGAUUCCUGGUGCACUUUGAUAACUGGGACGAGAGCUAUGACUACUGGUGUGAUGCAACCAGUCCCUACAUCCAUCCGGUCGGCUGGUGUCAAGAGAAUGGCAAAACCCUUACAACACCCCCAGGUUACCCAGAUGCGAAGACUUUCUCCUGGGAAAGAUACCUGGAGGAAACCAGCUCAUUGCCAGCCCCUGCCAGGGCCUUCAAAGUGAAACCCCCCCACAGCUUUCAGACGCACAUGAAGUUGGAGGCGGUGGACAAGAGGAACACCAUGCUGGUCAGGGUUGUCACUAUAGUCGACAUUGAUGACCACAGAAUUAAGAUUCACUUUGAUGGCUGGACCGAUGACUAUGACUACUGGGUGGAUGCAGACAGUCCUGACAUUCACCCUGCCGGCUGGUGUGCAAAAACGGGGCACCCCCUCCAACCCCCUAUCAGUCCUCAGGACAUGUUCGACUCCUCGGAGCAAGGCGGCUGCCCCACAGCAGGCUGUAAAGGCGUUGGACACAUCAAAGGGGCCCGUUACUCCGGUCACCAUAGUGCGGUGGGAUGCCCGUACUCUGACAUCAACAUCAACAAAGACUCUGUUCUGCCGGAUCGGCUCAGCGGGGAGGUUCCUGGGUCCGGGCAGGAUGCAGCCAGAACCAGGAGAGCAGAAAUGAACCCAGACACAGAAACUCCCACAGCCCACAAGCCUUUGAUCGCAAACCACAAUCACCUGGACAGGCCAUCUGGGGUGGAACUGCAGGGGGAGUCCCCACUCAAGAAACCCGCUGUUGAGACCAAAAGGAGGGUUGGACGGCCUUGCAAGCGGAAGGUGGAGGUGUUGGAGGAAAUGGAGACUGAGGUGUCCUGUGUAAUGGAAACCAAAGAGCUGUCCCUCCAGCAAGCUCUCCACCAGUCUGUGUUCAUGCCCUGCAAUUCGCCAUCUCCCAGCAUGCCCUUCUGCUGGGACCAGCACAGCAAGCUGCUGCCCUCCGUGGCUGGGAUCACUGCCAGCAAAGUGGCCGGGUGGACCGUGGAAGAGGUCAUUGAAUUCAUCCAGGGCCUCCCAGGCUGUAAGGAGCAAGUUCGAACAUUCAGAGAAGAGCAGAUUGAUGGAGAAGCCUUUCUGCUACUGACACAGGUCGACCUGGUUAAAAUCAUGAGCAUCAAACUGGGACCUGCCUUAAAGAUAUACAACUCCAUCCUGAUGUUUAAGACUGCAGAAGACUCCUAUAAUGAGCUCUGAUGAAACUCUUAGUUAUGGAUCCUUUUUUCUGGCGAGUCAACCAGGAGGUCCCUCAUCAAAGCUGAAGCACAAAGAACUCCACUCAGAAGAAAAUCUCUUGCAACUGGAAUGCAUAAAAAUUCAAAUGAAUUGCACAACGCUUUUUUUUAAUCAGGUCCUCAAAUG